AAAUUUCACUACAACAACCUCCAACUUCCACAUUAGAGCUUUCCGCUUGGUCACUAUCUUUUCACUUUUUUCUAUAUGUUCGAGCAUGGGAUAAAGCAAUCUGGUUUGAUUCUUUGCAAAUGUGA